ACACACUGCACACACACUACACAGUACACACACUUCUGUUUCCCUUGAUGAAGUCCUUUAUCUUCCACCGAUAAGGAAUCAAUUUAGACGCCACUGAUCAAUUCUUCAUCGCUGCUUGACGUACGAGCAUCUCGUACCUGCCCGAAUUCAAGAGUGAAAACAAGAGGCUGUGCGUGGAUUUAAACCACUUAGCAGAUCCCAACACCGAUGCAUAUUUUGAGACGACAAGUCUGCCUUCACUAGUGUCUCGAACCCAAAUCUUGAGGUGACCAUGAGAGAACUUCAGCUUCACAUUUUAACUGAUGGAAGUAACACUGUCCCUGCUGAUUGUUUGGUGAAUUACCCGAAACUAGAGUCUCACAUGAAUUUCAUGCCACAAUCGUGUGAGUCGGCCGCAGGGUAUCCUAUAAGGCUACAUGGAACGGAAGCUAGAAAUAGAAAAAUCAGUAGCUUACCUAUAAGUUCUUCGCCUUCUUUAGAACGUGACACCUCAUCCUAUUUGCCUCUUCUAAAUAGCUCUCAGCAAAUUGUCGAUGAUGAUUUUCUUAGUCUUGGAAUAGGAGGUGGUAUGGAAAUCAAAUCCAAUAGUAAGUUCAGUACUCGAGAAAUUGCUAGUCAAUUGAAGGAUCCUCUGUCCUCACAGUGUAUGAAUCCUAUCAAUGCGCAAAGUCCAAUGAACAGUUCGAGUCUUACUCCAUUUGUAGGGUUCCAAACCGAUGAUGGUGGAUUAUCAAGCUCAUUAUUGUCUCGUGAUAAUGGUGUACUUUAUGGGAACACUAGUUCAAGGAUAAAUGAAAUCCAAUUUCCUGGUUUCCAGGCUUCACAAUCUAAUCUGCAGUCUAACUUUUUAGCCACAUAUGAUGAUUUUGGAUUUAAUCUGGAUUCAUCUUUGUUGCCUUCCGGAAUUCCUGUAGUCCCUCAAUGUGGAUUUGUCAAUCAGAGUCCAUUGUGGACUCGAAUACCUACGCCCACAUCUUUUGCAAGUCAAGUUAAUCCCCUGCAACAACAGUACAUCAGAAGAAGUUCCAUAAAUGCCUCGUCUGAAUCUUCAUUGGAUAGAGGAAGCUCCAUGGGUCAUGCACAACGAGAAAGAUUAAGUCCUUUGGCAGAGGCUAGAAGGCCACAAAAUACUGUUGGUGGUUGUUUUUUAGGGAGUGGUCAACCCGUGGGAAUCAUAUCAUUGCAAGCAGAAGGUACCGGUGAUGGAGUCACUAACAGUUUUCCUUCGCCAUCAAGUUUCCAGCCAGCUGGGCAAGCACCUUCUUCUCAUAAUGUUAGCUCUAUUGCUGGGAUUAGCUCAAUAGCUGAGAUACUUGCUAACCCAAAUCCAAUAGUCAACCCUAUUCCGUUCCCGUAUGCUGCUGCUGGUACUUUCUCUACAAAUAUUGGUGUUCAACCUACUGCGCCUACUGCCCGAACCAUCGAAGGCCGGCAUCAGCGUGGAGCACCGGCUCAAGUGCCUACUGUUUCUCCAAGACGUGAUUACUCGAUAGGUGAGGCUACUCCAUCUGCAAGACACGGUGUUGGGUCCCACGGUGUUGUUUCUCAUUCACAUUUGAAAAGACAAGCAACUACAAACACAUUAAGUGAACACUUGAUUCAACGUAGGAGGAUAACUCCUCAACCUGCUCUUACGGAUAAAUUGGCAACCGGCAAAAGGCCGAGUUCUCCUGCUAUUCGAACUCCUACUGUUAUAGAUAAAUUGGCAACCAGCAAAAGGCCGAGUUCUCCUACUCGAGCUCCUAUAACCGCAAUUAAUCGAAUUCCACCAGAAGCCCAUUUUCAUAUAAGAUGGGAAGGUUGUGAUGAACCUCUUGAGCCAAGUGGGCAUAAGUGUUUCCUGUGCAAGAGGGAUAUCUCGUUUACAGCCGAUGGCCAAAUGUACCAGCCUCUGAUCCCACCGGCUGCUGCAGUUCUACCUUGUGGCCACACUUUUCAUGACGGUUGUUUGCAGAAGAUCACUACCCAAGGCUGUUCGAAAUAUCCUCCUUGCAUUCCUUGUGCACUUGGCGAAAAAUGAUCCCGGUUGCCUGUGAUUUAUACUCAUUAAGUUUUUCUGCAGAUAGAGAGAGAGAGAGAUUUAAUUUGCGGAAGGAGCUAGGUAUAGUUCAUGGAACUGUACAUAGUAGAUUAGGGAUUCCAUUAUUAGGAAUUUUACUCAAAUAAGGCUAUGACAAAGAGAUAAAGAGGUGCUGGCUAAACUUCGCAAUUUCGCAUUGACCUAAUAAGAAAGCCAGCUUUUAUUUGUAAUUGCGACUUAAUCCCGCCAAAGUUGGAAUGGUCAUAAAAUUAUUAGCCUACUUGCAUAUAAUUUCAGCUUAAUUCCAUCAAAGUUGGACUGAUC